GCUCCCUUGGCGGGCUUUCCCUCGUCUGCCUCCAUCUCGUCCAGGGCUUGUUUCCGCAAGUCCAUUAGCUUCUCCUCCAAAAGAAGAAAGGCCACCUUCCAGAUAUCCAUGUCAUCCGAUUCGCCUCUCGAUGCCGAGCCCAAGGACUCCGAAAAGAGAGCCAGUGUCGUCAUGCCGCUCUUCCCCGAGACCCCGCGCCGGUCUUCUGUCGAGCACGGCCAGAUCGAGCAAGUCUCCGCAGCCACCCGCACGAUCCUCAGGGCCAUCGGCGAAAACCCCGAGCGAGAGGGCCUGAUCAAGACCCCCGAGCGCUACGCCAAGGCCCUUGCCUUCUUCACCAAGGGCUACGAGGAGGACGUGGGCGAGCUGCUCAACGAUGCCAUCUUCGAGGAGGAGCACGAGGAGAUGGUGAUCGUCAAGGACAUUGACAUUUUUUCGUUGUGCGAGCACCACAUGGUCCCGUUCUUUGGCAAGGUCCACAUUGGAUACAUUCCCAACCGCCGCGUCGUUGGGCUCAGCAAACUUGCCCGCAUCUCCGAGAUGUUUGCCCGGCGUCUGCAGGUGCAGGAGCGCCUCACCAAGCAGAUCGCAAACACCCUGAUGGAUGCCCUCCAGCCUCAGGGCGUCGCCGUCAUUGUCGAGUGCAGCCACAUGUGCAUGGCCAUGCGCGGAGUCCAGAAGCCCGGGGCCAAAACAAUCACAAGCUGCAUGCUCGGUGUGUUCCUGAAGGAUCCCAAGACACGCGAAGAGUUCUUGAAGCUGGCCCGGGAGUAGGGCCGCCUCCAAGCUGUAGUUAGGGGCCACCCGCUCUCUCGCUCCGAUCCUCCGAUCCUCCGAUC